AUGUUCCGCUUCUCCGCAACCCCGCCAACUAACACACAACAGAGCAAAACCCUCGACCCCAUCACCCUCUUCCACUCCCCCGCCAUCAAAGCAUCAACUCGAACCCUCAACCUUCUCAAACAAGCUUCCGCGACCGCCAGCGAAACUGCCACAGAAGACCAGGCUAGCGACCACUCCACUCACUCAAAGAAACAGCGCGGCGAGUUCGAGCUGGAGCUUCGCAGUAUCCUCGACUACAUCUCGCCCAUCAACGGUGCCGGUGGGCAGGGUGAGAAGGUGUCAUAUAGUGUCUCGGAGCUGGUAAAGGGCGCCCGCGAUGCAGAGGACGCGCUGAAGAAGUUCAAGGAGGAUAACGAGAACUUCGUGAGGCCUAUUACCGUUGACUGGGUCAAUGGCCGUGCUGUCAUUGGAGACAACGAGUCCGAGAUCCUGCGCAUGGUGCGCCAGCUUCCUGAAAACUAA